AUGAGUGGAGGAGGGGAGCAGCCUGACAUCCUCAGUGUGGGAAUCUUGGUCAAAGAAAGAUGGAAAGUGUUGAGGAAAAUAGGAGGCGGGGGAUUUGGAGAAAUUUACGAUGCACUGGACUUGCUUACUCGGGAAAAUGUUGCACUGAAGGUCGAAUCAGCUCAGCAGCCAAAACAAGUGCUGAAAAUGGAAGUAGCUGUGUUGAAGAAGCUACAAGGAAAAGAUCAUAUCUGUAGAUUCAUUGGAUGUGGAAGGAAUGACAGAUUUAACUAUGUCGUCAUGCAGUUGCAGGGUCGGAACUUGGCAGACCUGCGUCGGAGCCAAUCUCGAGGGACAUUCACCAUUAGCACCACUCUGCGACUUGGGAAGCAGAUUCUGGAAUCUAUUGAAAGUAUUCAUUCUGUGGGAUUCCUGCACAGGGACAUAAAACCAUCUAACUUCGCAAUGGGACGUUUUCCUAGCACCUGUAGGAAGUGUUAUAUGCUGGAUUUUGGCUUGGCACGGCAAUUUACCAACUCAUGUGGGGAUGUCAGACCACCACGAGCUGUCGCUGGUUUUCGAGGAACAGUACGAUAUGCGUCUAUCAAUGCUCACAGAAACAGGGAAAUGGGUCGGCAUGAUGACCUAUGGUCCCUGUUCUACAUGUUGGUAGAAUUUGUGGUUGGGCAACUGCCUUGGAGAAAAAUAAAAGAUAAGGAGCAAGUGGGCUCUAUUAAAGAAAGGUACGAGCACAGACUUAUGUUGAAACAUCUUCCUCAAGAAUUCAACAUCUUUUUAGAUCACAUUUCUAACUUAGAUUACUUUACAAAGCCUGAUUACCAGCUUCUUAUGUCUGUGUUUGACAACAGCAUGAAAACGUUUGGGGUUAUUGAAAGUGACCCUUUUGAUUGGGAGAAGAGUGGAACAGACGGCUCUCUAACAACAACAACAACUUCAACCACACCUCAGUUACACACUCGUCUUACUCCCGCUGCCAUUGGAAUUGCCAAUGCCACUCCUAUCCCAGGAGAUUUGCUGCGAGAAAACACAGAUGAAGUGUUCCCUGAUGAACAGCUCAGUGAUGGAGAGAAUGGUAUUCCUGUUGGUGUCUCACCAGAGAAAUUACCUGGAUCCCCUGGGCAUCAGUGUCCUCAGGAAAAAGACGUUUGGGAGGAAAUGGAUGCAAACAGAAACAAAAUAAAACUAGGGAUCUGUAAGGCUGCUACAGAGGAAGAAAACAGCCAUGGGCCAGUGAACGGAGUGCUUAAUGCACCGAGUCUCGGUUCUCCGAUUCGUGUUCGCUCAGAGACCACCCAGCUAGACAGAGAUGCCCCACUGGUGCGAAAGCUACGUUCAAUUCACAGCUUUGAACUGGAGAAGCAUCUGACGUUGGAGUCAAAACCAGACACUGAUAAAUUUCUUGAGACCUGUUUGGAGAAGAUGCAGAAAGACUUGAAGGCUGCGGCAGAGCCUCCUGUUGCUGCUGUUCCUCCUCUUUCUCAGAAAAAAAACAUUUCUGCUCCUGGAACUGCCCGCAAGGACCAUGUUUGGCACUAUGAUGAAGAAUAUCUUCCAGAUGCUUCAAAGCCAGUGUCAGCCAGUUCUCCAGAACAUGCUGAUGGUGUUAUUAGCAAUGGAUUUGUAGCUGUCAACUUAAGCUCCUGCAGGCAGGAGGUUGAUUCUAAAGAAUGGGUGAUAAUAGAUAAGGAACGGGACUUGCAGGACUUCAGGACAAAUGAGGCUUUAGGGCACAAAACUACUGGAAGUCCCUCAGAUGAAGAGCCAGAGGUACUACAGGUUCUGGAGGAUUCUCCUGCAGAAGAGCAGCCCAGACAGGGUGGUUGGGCAGGAAACAGUGUCCAUGCCAAGAACCAAACCUCAGGGGUGGACUUUGUUCUAGCCACGGAGUGUCAUCCUGCUGCUUCUGAACAGCUUACUGAAAAAUUGGACCUUCUGUCUGGGGCUGCUGGACAGCUUUUUGCAGCUACUCCUACAAGUCCUAUGGAGGCUCAGGCAGAAGGAGCACUCACUCUG